UGCGUCGAUGCGGUGCUUGAUCUUGCUCUGGUUGAUGCUAACUGCAGUCGCGGCGGCGGCUUGGUUCGAUGACCAUGCGGUCGACGAAGCGUGGGUGGUUCGAACGACAACGACCAAGCCCAAGCCGACGACCACCAAACCCACCGUGAAGCCCACAACGGUGACCCCGACAACGACCCCUGCGCCUGGCCCGGUCACAGCCAAGGAAUGGAUCGACAAGGUCGUGGCGUCGAACGGGUGCGUGGACUUUGCGUCCAAGGUGUGCGAGGCAUGCGUCAAGACCAAGAUCCUGUUCGACUCGCUUGGUGCAAACAACGUCAAGGUGAUUGAACUCGAGACGUUGGUCACGUCCCCGACCGGUGCAGAAGUGCGAUCGGCGCUCAUCCUCUCGACGGGGUCCAACUUGACCCCAUACGUGUACAUCUCUGGCAAGUACGUUGGCGGGUACGACCAAUUGGCCUUGUUGCACUCGAAAGGGCAGCUGCUGCCAAUGCUCCAGGCUGCUGGGUGCAUUGCCGGUGGCCCGACGACGACGCCCCAACCGACAACUGCUGCCCCCACGACGUCCCUGUCCCCCACGCCAGCGCCGACGACCACUAUUCCCGGCACAUGCCCGUUGACGUGCAAAACGUGCUACUGGCCCAAGGGCGACGAGUGUCUCGGCACGCGCGUGACCAAGAACGACUGCGCCGUCUUUAUGGAAAGCCACAGCACCAAGUGGUGCGGUGCGUAAGCGCUCGAAUGUCCUCCACUGUGACGAGAGUCCGUCGUAUAGUCGAGGCACGGGAUUUGUGCUGACCGCUUUAAUGUCAUCUUGAGUACCGCCA